UUCCACCGUCUCCUUGUAACUUUCUUACACGAGAGGAUAGCCAAAACCUCUCUCUCUUCCCCUUUCAUUGUCUAAAUAUAAACAAAGUAUAUAUAUAUCUUUGCCCAAUUUUGAUGCUCACCCAUUUCCUCAUACUCAUCUUUUCCUCUCCAUUGAUACAAAAAAAUCGGUUCUUUAGACAAGUAUAUAUAUAUAAGAAUAUAUCCAACAGAAUCAAUAGAGUAAUUGCGAGAGAGCAAAGAAGGAGCAUAAAAAAGGAGGGCCCUUUUGCCCUCUCUUCUUAUCAUGGGCUCCUCUUAGAUCUUAAAAUCUCUCGUAUUCCCGGCUGGGUUGUUUCUAUUUGGUAAAUUUAUUGUCAAAAAAGGAAUCCUGGAUUGUGGGUCGAUCGGAAUUUGAUCAGUGAAUAGUCCUGUUGUAUUGAAUCCAGGAUUGUCCAUUCUCGUAUAUAUAUAUAUAAAUAUCUAAGCUUUGUUUGAUUCCUUUUACGAGGAUGGAAAUGGAGCUUGGGAAGCUGUUUAUUGGUGGUGUAUCUUGGGACACAAAUGAAGACCGGCUGAGAGAGUAUUUUCAAAAUUUUGGGGAAGUUUUGGAGGCUGUGAUUAUGAAGGAUCGGGCCACAGGCCGUGGCCGUGGCUUUGGAUUUGUUGUUUUUGCUGAUCCUACUGUCGCGGAGAGAGUUGUUAUGGCAAAGCACUUAAUAGACGGUAGAGCGGUAGAGGCAAAAAAGGCUGUUCCUAGAGAUUACCAGAACAACCUGAAUAGAAACAAUAACAGCAUUCACGGGUCACCUGGUCCUGUCCGCACAAAGAAGAUAUUUGUGGGAGGUUUAGCGUCCACAGUCACAGAGAAUGACUUUAAGAAGUACUUUGAUCAGUUUGGGACGAUUAAAGAUGUUGUAGUGAUGUAUGAUCAAAACACUCAAAGGCCGAGAGGAUUUGGAUUCAUUACUUAUGAUUCAGAGGGAGCAGUGGAUAGGGUAUUGUACAAAACUUUCCAUGAACUCAAUGGAAAGAUGGUUGAGGUCAAGCGCGCUGUUCCUAAAGAACUUUCUCCAGGGCCAAGCCGGAGCCCUCUAAGUGGAAACAACUAUGGUCUUGGGCCUCUUGGCAGAUUCAGUAGCUCCUUUAAUGGUUACACUCAAGGAUACAAUCCAAGUCCCAUUGGAGGAUAUGGAGCUAGAAUUGAUGGUAGAUUUAGUCCAGUUACCGUUGGUCGGGGUGGGUUUACUCCAUUUGGUCUCAGUAAUGGAAUGGGACUAAAUUUUGAGCCAGCUUUAGGUGCAAGCUAUGGGCAAAGUGCAAACCAUAACUCUAACCUCAACUUUGGAAGACUAAACAGCUUCAGUAGUCCCAUUGGGAAUAAUGGGGGCAAUGAAGGAAAUAAUUCUAUGCUGAAUUUAACAGGUCGAACUUUGUGGGGAGACGGUGAUUUUAGUUAUUCUACAAGCUCUGCAAAUUCUACUAGAGCGGGCUCUGGCAUUGGGAAUUCCGCGAUGGGUUCUAUUGACAGUAUUGGAACACUUUGGGAAUCUUCUCUUAAUUCAGCACCUAGUGGAGGUGCUGGUUCAGCCUAUAGUAGUGGCAGUCUAGGUUAUCCCAAUGGAGAUGUCAGCAUUGGUUCAGGAGGAGCACAUCAUGGAAAGAAUGGUUCAGCACCUGGUGGAGGUGCUGGUUCAGCCUAUAGGGGUUUCAGUCUAGGUUAUGGCAAUGGACAUGUCAGCAUUGGUUCAGGAGGAGCACAUUAUGGAAAGAACAGUGGGACAAGUGUUGCACCAGCAUCAUCUCAUGCUGGAAGGAAUGGUGGUUAUGAUGGAGUGUAUGCCGACCAUUAUGACAAUGGUUCAUUUUAUGGGGGUUCCACUUGGCAAUCCUCACCUUCAGUGCUCGAAAGAACUGGCUCUUUCGGUUUUGGGCAUGGAAGUGUAGUUUCUGAUGUAAUGACUAAGAAUUCUGCUGGAUAUGUUGGUGGUUAUGGUGUUGCAAAUAGACAAUCACAGAGAGGUAUUGCUGCCUAGUAAGACAAUGGCGUGGAUUUGAAAAACGUUAUCGUAGCUCGAAGUGCUUGGUAAAGCUGAAUUUCAUACAUUUUCCUCGUUGAGAUAAUUCAGGUUAUAUGAAAAUACCAUUAGAGUUUAUCCAUUGAUGAAGUUCAUAUGUUUUGAAGAAUUUAUCAUAGAGAGCAACUACAUUUGAAUUCAAUGUAAGGUUGAGCAGUUGAGCUUUGAGGUUUUUUUUCUUGUUUAUUUUUUCCUUCCCUUUUCUACGUUCGUUCUUGAGGAUUUUAGUAUGGUGUAAAAUUGGAUAUUGUGGGGUAUACGAGAACAAUUGUAUUAUGCAUAUCUGCCGGCUCGGCAACAACAUUAAGAGAUCAGACCUUUUUUCUGGUUUAUUUGAUAUUUCGAUUUAUAUCGUUCU